AUGAGCCAGGCAGGCAAGAGCGAGGGCCUCGAUAUCAGCAUCACCAUGGACAACCAGCUCCUAGAGCAGCUCUUCAUCUCCCGAAUCGGCUCCAAAAAGACAAGCGGCAGCGGCAGCAACAAUGAACUCUUGGUCACGCCGUGGCAUCCUCACCAGAGUCUGAGCGACAAGCUCAAGGGGCUCGAGAAGAACUUUGACAAGUGCUAA